CAGCAAAGAGGCUUCCAAGCUACCCUUGCCUGCUCCAGCUCCAGCCACCACUUCUCCGCUGACAUGAAGGUGUCUGUGGUUGCCCUCGCCAUCCUCAUCGCUGCCUUCUGCUACCAGACCUCUGCUGCUCCACUUGGCUCCGACCCACCAACCUCCUGCUGUUUCUCCUACAUCUCACGGCAGCUGCCCCGCAGCUUUGUGAAGGACUACUAUGAAACCAACAGCCUGUGCUCCCAGCCUGCCAUCGUGUUUAUCACCAGGAAGGGCCGGGAAGUCUGUGCCAACCCCGAGGACAACUGGGUCCAGCAGUACGUGAAUGAGCUGGAGUUAGACUGAGGUCCCGGACAGAUCCAGCUGCUCCAUGUCCCCCGCUGCUGGGAUGGAC